CAGCGGCCUUCCCAUCUGUGCGGCACGUUUCGUGGGUGAGGACGUGAGGUGUCUCUUGGCGCAGUGUUUCCUGGAUGCAGACGAGAGGGUAGUUUCUGAACCACCACCACGAGGGAUUUGACUGCGGGAAUGGCCUGAGCGACGGCAAGUUGUGCUUCUUGCAAGGGACAAUUUGCGGGAAGCUCCUGUGCAAUGUUGUGGAUGUGUGUUGGGAAAAAUUGUGACUCUGGUGACGAAGACACGUGAAGUUUAUCUUAAUGUGGUUGAGAAGACUCCUCGUCAUCAUUGCAAUGACUCUGUUCAAAGUGUCGAGUGGAUACUUUUUGGAUAAAGAAAUUCACGGCCUGAUGAGGCACCAUCGCAAAGAUUUGGCCGAGCACCGGGGCAGCCAUCACAACUCCCUCACAUCGGGACACCCUGGUCAAUUUUUAACGAAAAACAACAGCCGUGUGAUAAGCCAGCGGGGCGGCCUGGCAAUCCUGCCGUGCAGCGUCUCACUCACAACACCAGCCACUAUUUCUUGGUUUCGCCGGAAGGACUUUCAGCUCCUCACCGUGGGCCUGCUGACCUACAGCAGCGACGACAGAUUCCAGGUGGAGCACACGCGGCACCAGAGCAACUGGGCGCUGCGCAUCAAGAGCGCCCGCAAGGAGGACGAAGGAUACUACGAGUGCCAAAUAUCCACACAUCCACCCCAAUCGAUUUUCGUUGAACUGAGAAUAGUCGAGGCGGUAGCUGAAAUAAUAGAGGCGCCCGAUUUGCAUAUCAACGAGGGAUCUACGCUGAGAUUGGAGUGUAAGCUGAAACGAGCCACUGAGAGUCCGCUAUACGUAUUCUGGUACCACGACUCCCGGAUGGUGAACUACGACUUUGAGGAUGGCGUAGUGGUUUCGUCAAAUCGCCAGAAGUCGAGCAUUCUCACUGUGCGGAAUGCCACAAUUCGUCAUGAGGGCAACUACACGUGCGCCCCGGCGAAUGCCAAGCAGUCGAGCGUCUACGUUCACGUCCUCAAGGGUGAGAAGCCAGCCGCAAUGCAGCAUCCAACCAAAAGUGCAAAUGACGCCAACGUGACUCCACUCGACCGAUUUCUCACAGUGUAUCUCUGUGUGUUUCUAUUUCCCAUCGUUAAGUAUAUUGUAUUCUAUUGAUUUUUUUUAAUGCGAAACCUCUCAACUGGUUGAAAUACUUUGAUGUGAGGUGGAAAAUUUUUGAAGAAGUUGUGCGGCAUGAUUUGUUGAAAUUUUGGAUGAAUCACGGAGGAAAAACAGAAGCAGUCAUGGUGAUUAUUUUCAAUUUAAGGCAGAAGCUCAGAUGACUUGAAGAGAGAAAUAAAUUAAAGCUAUAAUGUCAUUACAUUUCAACCAAGACGUAUAAAGCUCCAUGUAAAUAACACUUUAAGUAUAAAUAUGAGAGAAAUAAAUAUAGUAAAGGAGACAUUAUGACAUAAAUGUAAAAGUCUGUUGUCAGAAUCUUGAGCAACGUCAACUAAAGUAAAUAAAAAAACACC